AUGAAGGGAACAGGCACGGUGGAGGAUAAAUGGAAGCAGAGCGGCUGGAAGAUAGAAAAGAAGUAUGCAAACAAGGUGCUGGUAGGGAACUGGGCAGAGGAUAGACUAAAGUUCACUCAGGAGCCAACGACAGCCAACAGCACCAGUCGUGUAGACUACAAGCCCCACUGGGACUUCAAGCCAGACGUUUCUGAGAGAAGAUCUGCCCUGCUGAGAGCUGAGGGGCUUCCAUCCAAGCUGCUAUUCGCCCAUGAUGCCCCACCACCCUCUCAUUACGCUGUCACACAGUAUGGAGAGAGCUACGGGUGGAGGCACAACAAUGCUUUGCCCACUCUGCGACCCUGCCAUCCCGGCAGCUUGACAUGGCAGCAUGGAAGGGCUGAACGGCCAAUUUCUGCCAACUCUGGCGCGCUGCAGUCCACAAAGCACCGUUUGGAAAAGCAGCAGUCACGCCUCCCAUCGCUGACUGUGUACAGGUCAGCGUACCAGAGGCACCCACUUAGUGCCUUCUGCCAGAGCCGCUCUGCCAGGACCUCACGCGUGCACUCCAGCCACCUCCACGCAGCCAAUCACAACAACAAGGACCUGGAUCUGAGGCGGCGCUUGCUGCUGCAAGUCCCAGAUCAUUUUUCUGGUCAAAGUCAAUACAUACAACAGGUUUACAGAUAG